AUGUUUGGAAUGUCUAGAAUUGAUUUGCAGCUUGAUAAACAAAGACGUUCAGAUAUAAUACGCCAUAAUGAAUUGGUAAAAAAAAAUAGAGACGUUUUAAAACGUUUUAUUGAUUGUGUUUGUUUUUUGGCGAUCCAUGAAUUACCAUUUCGUGGUCACAAUGAAAGAGUUAAUUCUUUCAAUCAGGGAAAUUUCUUAGGUUGUUUAAAUUUAUUAUCAUCUUAUGAUUCUAUUUUAAACGUGCAUUUAGAAACAUCAAAAAUAUUCCGUGGUACAUCCAAUAGAAUUCAAAAUGAUUUUAUUUGCUCAGUUAGCAACAUCAUAUCAACGUCCAUUGAAUCAGAAAUAAAAAAUACUAAUUUUGUUGCAAUAUUAUUAGAUGAAACUUCAGACAUAACAAAUCUGUCUCAAUUAUCAACAACUUUAAGGUAUGUUCAUCAUGAAACCGGGGAAGCACAUGAACGUUUUAUCUCAUUUGUCGAUGUUAGUGCUGAUAGAUCAGCAGAUGGUUUAUUGAAACACGUAAUUGAUAUAGUUAAUAGGUAUGAAUUAAAACAUAAAUUAGUAGCUCAAACUUAUGACGAAGCGGCCGUUAUGAGUGGUCAUGUUGGAGGAAUACAAGUUAAAGUAAAGGAGCUCUACCGAAAAGCAUUAUUUGUCCAUUGUUUUAGCCAUUCAUUAAAUCUUGUACUUUCACAAUCAGCAUCAAAUAUAAAAGACUAUAAUUCUAAUGAUUGGGAUAAUAAAGCGAUAGUAUUAUCUCAAGGGUUCAUCAAUUUUUUAGAUAGUCGACAAACAUACUUUUUGCUAAUAGUAUUUAGUAAAAUAUUUAGUUUGACUGAUAUUUUAUAUGAAGUAUUACAAACUAAACGUUUAGAUAUUUUAUACUGUGUGAAAAAAAUUGAAGAAACUAAAUGUCAACUGCAAAAUUAUAGGUUAAAUCUAUUUGAAAAAUUAUGGGAAACAGUUUUAUCAGAUAAAGGCAAUUUUGAAAUACAGCGUAAAAUUCGUGACCCGAAAACAUUUUACAAAGUACUUUUUAAUGAAAUAUUUGAUAACAUAUUGGCAAAUUUGCAAGCGAGAUUUGGUUUUUUGAAUAAAUUUGAAUUUUUAUCAUUAAUUGACCCAAAAUUUUUAAAUACUAAUCCAAAUGAUUUAGUCAAAAAAAUUAAGAUGAAUGAUUUAAUAUCGGCGUUUCAAGAAGUAUUUAAACUCAGUCAACUAAUUUUAACUAUUCCCAGUACAAUAGCUUCAGUUGAACGUUCUUUUUCGGCAUUAAAACGUAUCAAAGAUCUACACAAGGGCAAGAAAGACUAA